UUCUUCAUCGUUUAGGCCUGAUAGAAUUAUUUCAACAAAAUGUUAAGGAAGAACUGAAGGCUGUGCUUCUAAUAGCUGAAUCUACCAUGGCGCUUCAAUCUGAUUGGCCAGAGAGGGAACUGCUGUUAACCAGCCAAUUGCCCAAGCACCGCAGAAUAUCAAACAAUGUUGGGAAUGGUGGAAUGGAUUGAGACAUGUAUCACAACUAGUGUCAGUACAAUACAAAAACUAACAUUAGAUGUUUAAACACAAUAAUAACCACUUUAUUUUUUUUGUUUAUAUAGGGUGAACCCUCGUGAAAGUAAAUUUUACAGGCACAUUCUGAAUGCAAGGCUUAAGAUAUAUUCCGGAAUAAAUGUUUAAAUGAAAACAAAACCGCAGUUCGUUUCUAAACCAAAUUAUUUGGGCUUUCAGCGCGUGUCCCAAUUCAUUUUUAACAGCCUUCCCCAGCGUUGCUCCUCCAUGUCCAUCUUGUAUUUAACGUCCACGUAAAUCUAUCGCGCAGAUUCAACGCGUUCAAAACGUUCACUUUCCUGCUAGAAAUGCAAGAUAUGUUCACUACAUACUCGUUUAUCGCGCAUAACUCCAUUUGUACGUGUUUUUGACAGCCGCACAAAAAUACCGCUUUAGCCUGAGCAUUAAAAACAAUAAAUCGAAAGUGCGUGUCGAAUGUGCCGGAGGGUUGAGAUAGUGGUGUAUUGUGGGAGAGACAGAAACCCCAGACUAGAGGCACACAAUAUGUGUUGGCUCGCAAAAAGGAGGCAGUAUCUUUAAAAUCAUGUAAUGUGAUCGGCGAAACGUUCAAGAUCUAGCCAUUUUAUAUUAAACUACUCGAUCGGGCACAAAAUGUCCAGACCUGGAGAAAGAAAUAAGCUAAAUGAAGAUCACGGUAGAAGACAGAGUUCAAGUUUGGCGAACGGAAUGGAGAACAGCCAUCCUAUCUGCAGUUCGGGAGAGAAACGAAGUCAUCAUUGGAGAAGUUACAAGUUGAUUAUUGACCCAGCGUUGAAAAAGGGAUCGCACAAACUGUAUCGCUACGAUGGACAGAACUUCAGCCUGCCGAACCCCGGCAUGCCACCAGUGGACAACGUCCGAGACCCGAGAAUCGGUCGUAUGUGGACUAAGUACAAGGAGACUGAUCUCCCGGUUCCUAAAUUUAAGAUCGAUGAGUGUUACAUCGGUCGCGUGCCCCCGAAGGAGGUCACGUUCGCCAAGCUCAACGACAACGUCAGAGAGGGAUUCCUCACCGACAUGUGCAAGAAGUUCGGCGAUAUUGAGGAGGUGGAAAUUCUGUACAAUCCGAAGAACAAAAAACAUCUCGGAAUUGCUAAAGUUGUAUUCGGAGCCGUCAAGGCGGCGAAGGAUGCUGUCCAGAACUUGCACAACACGUCUGUCAUGGGCAACAUCAUCCACGUGGAGUUGGACCCUAAAGGUGAACAUCGCCAAAGGUACUUCCAGCGUCUGAUCAAUGGAAGUUAUACUCCGCUCACUCUUCCAGUUGGUGGUGAAGAGGCCUGUGAAGUUUCUCCACGCAGCUUGGCUGAAGCCCUGCUGCCCUUGCGAAGACUGUCCGAAGGCAGUUCUUCUGCAGUCGGAGGCACGGCCACGCCAGGCGGCACCAACACCCCCAUGUCCCUGGAUACGGCCUACUCCAGCCUAAGGCAGGAUACGCCACAGUCCCAGGGUACCCCACACACCCCGCGUCCAUCGGGCACCCCGUUCUCUCAGGACUCCAGCUAUUCCAGCAGGCAGGGCACUCCGGCGUUCCAGUCGAACCGUGCUGAAUCUUCGGGAGGCUACAAGUCGAGACGGCAUGAAACCAAAUUCCAGGAUGCCUACAACCGAAGACCGGAGAGGCACUACGUCCACGGUACAGGAGGAGGGGCACAUCGUGGCAAUGCAGAGCAACCGCCCAGUUUUAAGCAACAUCAGCCCCCCGAGCCACCGUCGCCUGCUUUUGCGCACACGCCGCCGCCACCAGCCAGUGCAAAUUUCAAGAAUGCUUUCUCUCCUUAUCAGCCCCCAAUGCCCCCAGUGUACCCUCACACAGAGCCCUCCUUCCACCAACCCGUUCAGCGGGAAGUGGAUUAUAGGAGACCGCCUCAAGCCCCGCCACCCCCGAGCACCGACUUCAUGCCCGUCAGAGACAGGCCCGCAACGCCGCCAAUCCCCGAGCCGCCACCCCCUGCUCCAGAAGCGGGUGGCCAUCAGUCGUCAGGUGAAGACAUGGAGAUUUCCGAUGAUGAGAUGCCUGGCACACCGAUCGCUAGCGGGGACUGUGCCAAAAACAUUGUUGUCAACUCUGCGAUGUCUCCGAUGCAGACCAUUCCCAUGCCCCCGCCAGGGUUCCCCCCACUGCCCCAUCCACAGGCUGGCUUCCCACUGCCGCUGCAUCCUCUUCCAACUGUACCACACCUGGCUGGCCCCCAUCCGAUGCUACACCCAUUGCACCCUUAUCCCCCUGGCAUGAUGCCCAUUAUGCAGAUGGACCUGAUGAGCUCCUUACCACAGUGGGGCAGCAUUCACAUGUCCUUCCAGAUGCAAACUCAGAUGUUAAGUCGCAUGGCGCAGAGCCAGCGGCCGUACCCUUACCCUCACUUCAUCAGCGGGGCUGCUGCAAGUGCCGGUGCUGCUGCCGCCGCAGCCAUGCAGUUUGGCAGCCCGUAUCCGCCUCUGUCUAUGGUUGGUGCACCUGCAGGCACUGUGGGUCACGGGCAACCCUGGCCCUUACCCAACAUGCCCAAGUUCAACCCUGCUGUUCCCCCUCCAGGCUAUGAGCCCCAAAAGGAAGACCCACACAAAGCCACUGUGGAUGGAGUUCUUAUGGUUAUCGUCAAGGAGCUGAAGGCCAUCAUGAAAAGAGAUCUCAACCGAAAGAUGGUGGAGGUGGUGGCUUUCAGGGCAUUUGAUGAGUGGUGGGACAAACAGGAGCGUUCGGCUAAGGCUACGCUUACACCUGUGAAGACAGGUGAGGGCAAAGAUGAGGAAAAAGAACGGGCCAAACCCAAAGAGACUAUAUCCUCUAGCUUACUGGAAAACUGGACCAAGGUGGAGGGUCUGGGCUUCGAGGGAAUGGGACUCAGCAUAGGCCUGCGCGGUGCCAUCCGAUUACCAUCCUUCAAGGUUAAGAGGAAACAGCCCCCUGAGCCAACAUCUACUAAUGACAAUAAGAGGGUGCGACCAUCCACACCUGUCGACGAUGAGCUGGAAGAUGAAGAGUCAGAAAGAACAGAUCUUCGCACAGACGGUUCCAGAACAGAUGGUGGUGGUUCUUCUGCCAAGCGAAGACCAGCCAGACCUCUGGAGCUGGACAGCGAAGGCGAGGAGGAGGAGGAAACCUCUGGCAAAGAGGAGUCAUCGCUUUCAGACCAUGAAGAGGAGCCAGUGGAAGAUGCCUCUGAGAGGUUGUCCUCUGGCAUGGAUAUGGAGGACAAGGAAGAUGAUGAAAAGAAAAGCGAAUCAGACUCCAGUGAGAGUGAAUCAUCGGACUCAUCGGAUGACGAAUCUUCUAGCUCAUCUUCCUCUUCCAAAUCUGAUUCCGAUUCUUCUGGGAGCGAGAGCUCGUCUGACUACGAAUCAAGUUCAGGGGAGGAAGAGGAGGAAGAAGAAGAGCAGGCAGUGGCAAUGGAUGAUGAAGAUGAAGACGAUGCACAAACCUCAUCGACGUCCUCAUCUUCCUCAUCCUCGUCUUCUGAAGUGGAGGAUGUUGACAUAAAAGCUCCUAGUACCCCCACAGGACCACCACCAGAAGAGGAACCAAAUGAGUUGGGCAGGCUGGAAGCGUUAGAUGAAGCAGAAAUCGAUCACAAACAUACUGCAGUGAGCUCAAUCAAGCCUGGAGUUGAAGACGUGUGGACUCCAUCUCCCAAAGGAUUGCCAGCUGAUGAACCCGAUAUUGAUUUGGCGGUCAGUAUUCCAGUGCCCAAAGCUGAAGCUACCCUGGAGGAUGUUAGUAGCUUGCGGCCACCCACCCCAACAGGUUCGUUUGCAGACACUGAUCAGGACACCCGACCAAAGAUCCCUGCUGAAGACUUUCCCCGUACCCCCGGUCGUGAUGGCCCGGUUCCCCUAGAAUCAGAGGCUGGAAUCCCUCGUUCUCUUCCUAUGCCCUCAAUGCACCUUCCUCUUCCCCCCAGUCAUGCCCUUAAAGCUCGAUCCCUUCUGCCGCCUCCCGAAGCUUUGCCGGAUAUGCCUAUCCGUGGGCGGUUGCCUACGGAAGAGGACAUCCCACGCACACCGGGGAGAGAUCUUAUGGACAGACCCCGGGGCUUGGGCAAGUCUCAGAGCACUGAUACGGUUCCUGGCACACCAGGUAGCGACACGCCGCUAACAGGUAACAGCUUGAGCUCGCCACAUAUUCCCGGCAGCCCUUUCUCUUACCCCGCUCAAUCCCCUGUCCUCAGCGCUGGUAUCCCUCGGACUCCGGGUAGAGAUCUUACUUUCACCCCAGCUUUCCCUGACUCUGCUGCUUUAUCUGCAGGCCUUCCCAUGCACAGGAAGGCCUCGUCUGAGAGCUUGGAGGAGAAGUCUCUCUUUAAAGAGCCUCUACUCAGCGCCUCUCCCCAGGCCAGCCUACAGCCUAACAAUGCAGUUUCUUCCCCAUUCCCUGGUCCUCCCCUUCCUGCUGCUUCACUUCAGGAACCACCUCUGCCUCCCCAAGGCUCCUCUCCCACUUCUGUUGAGACUUCCUCUCCUGCUGCUCCAAAAGACCUUCCUGUUCCAAUGAUAGAUGUUCCUGUGCCCUUAGAUACUACUCCAAGCAAGAGGAAAGCGGGACGCCCCAAGUCUAAAAAGGUACCUGUGGAGACCCCUCCAGAUUCUGAAGAGCCUCCAGCUCCAAUGGUGGCCUCAUCACCUCCAGAUCUACCAGUAAAUGAUCUGUACCCAGACCACCCUUCAGAGACCUUCAAAAGAGAAGAUGGUGACUCAACAGCAUUGGAGGAAGAGGAAAACCAAACCCAGACAGUCAUACCUGAGGUGGAAGACAGGUUGUCUUACGUCGAGGAACCUGUUCAGAAGACGCGCCGACAAAGGCGGGGCUGGCAAGAGUUGUUGUUGUCCAUGCACUCCCCUGUGACAUCACCGCUCCGCCCCAGCUUCCUACCCCGCUCAGAUUUUGAGGAGAUGACCAUCUUGUAUGACAUCUGGAAUGACGGCAUUGAUGAGGAGGACAUCCGCUACCUUAAGAUAACUUACGACAAGAUGCUGCAGCAGGACAAUGGCAACGACUGGCUCAACGACACCCUCUGGGUCCACCAUCCUCCUACCAACAUGGGCAACACAUCAGGGCUGAAGAAAAAGCGGAAAGAGGACGGUAUACGCGACCAUGUCACCGGCUGCGCCCGCAGCGAGGGCUACUACAAAAUCGACAAGAAAGACAAAAUGAAGUACCUGAAUAGCUCACGCCUGCAGUCUGAAGAGCCUGAUGUGGACACUCAGGGGAAGAGUAUUCCAGCUCAGCCCCAAGCGUCCACUAGGGCAGGUUCAGAGCGGCGGUCUGAACAGCGCCGCCUGCUGUCGUCCUUCAGCUGCGACAGUGACCUCCUCAAAUUCAACCAGCUCAAGUUCCGUAAAAAGAAGAUCCGGUUCUGUAAAAGUCACAUUCAUGACUGGGGAUUGUUCGCCAUGGAACCUAUUGCUGCUGAUGAGAUGGUAAUCGAAUAUGUCGGCCAGAAUAUCCGGCAGGUUAUCGCAGACAUGCGAGAGAAGCGCUACGAGGAUAAAGGCAUCGGCAGUAGCUACAUGUUCCGUGUGGAUCACGAUACCAUUAUAGACGCAACCAAAUGUGGCAACUUCGCCCGCUUCAUCAAUCACAGUUGCAAUCCAAACUGUUAUGCCAAGGUCAUCACUGUGGAAUCGCAGAAAAAGAUCGUCAUCUACUCCCGGCAGCCAAUAAAUGUUAAUGAGGAGAUCACCUAUGACUACAAGUUCCCCAUCGAGGACGAAAAGAUACCGUGCCUCUGUGGCGCAGAGAACUGCAGGGGAACCUUAAACUAACCCCAACGGGUAGGUGAGAACUUUCUUAAAAACAUGCACUGCCCAACAACAAGCCCAGACGCCCCGUCUUCUGGAUCUACAGAGGAAAUAGUGGGUGAAAUCCAACACAUCCACUGGAUAUAUCGUGCAGCUAAGUGUCUGGGACUUCGUUUUUGUACUUUUUUAUGAUUGUUUACAAAUUACAGGUGCUCUUUCAAGCAUAAAAAAUGAGUUUUCUACCACUCUUCCAUUGACCUCUAUGGAACUGGACUUAUUUUUCCCCCUAAAUGUUUGGGCACUCACUUUGUCGUCUGCCCAUUUGGCACAGUUUGUCUUUGCCGUGGAGUCCCCUUUUCCUCUGUGGUUUGGUUAUGGAGAGACCUCCCCGUCCUUGAACUCGGACUCAAAACACUUUAAGCUGCUCACAUCUGUCCCACACGCACAAAAUUCAGUUUCAAAAAAGCUUUGUUCAGGUUUUUUGUCCUUGUCCUUCGAGUCCGACUUGUAUGAAGUUUAGUUUAUUAUCGGACUUCACUGUAACAAGCCCACAAGGUUUAGCAUUCAUCGUGACACUAACCAUUGCUGGGGGAAUUGGGUCAGUUGUCUUCAAUUUGCAGAACAUUCAACAAAUGCACACCUGCGCUGGCCACAAAACAAAUCAGUAGAAAAGAUCCACAGCUCAGGCAAAUUUACACAAAGCGAAACGCUCCUACGGUAUUUCAGCUAGCGCUGCAUGUGGCACCUACAGACUGGACCUUUUUUAAAGGAUCAAAACCAACAAUACACUACACUUUAUUCUUUCAUUUAUUCAAGCCAUUUUUUACAACAGUCUCUGUGAAUAUUGGAUUUGAGCGUGUCUGCUGCCCUCUAGCUUUUGUAAGGUGUAAAGGCAGAAAGCUGCUUGUUUUCAAUCAGAUUCCACUUUAAAGCUGUACAGCUUAGUAUUAACUCUGCGUUUGUCACGUCAGCUCACUAUUUCAGCAGAUGAACAUGCAGAUGUCCAAUUGGCUUCAUGCAUAUUCAGUCACUAGUGCUGAAUUUUCUAUUACGGAGCGAAUCUCACCAAUAUGAUGCUGCUAUUCUGCAAACAUAUGUCCCGGAUUUUCUCCACCAGUUCACUUUAAGAAGCAAAAUCCACCUGCACUGGUUUCAGCAUGGGUUUUCAUAGUAUUAGGAGUUCUCUGUGAGUGCGGUAACUGGUGCACAGCACUGAUGCUUUUCAAAAAGCUUGUCUAGGCACCAAUUCCACUAAUAAAUCUAAUCUAAGUAGAUGCACCGAUGUUUAGGAUAUCAGACCCUGGAGUAUUAGGUCCGUCGACCUGAAAACGUCAGCAGUGGACCCAGAAAAUCAAGUACAAGUCGAAUGCAGUGCCAAAUUUGUACUUUAAUGUGUCACAACUCCAAAGACAAACCUUCUUCCAUUUGUCUCCUCCUAUGUGUGUGUGUUUGUACGAAUGACCUAAGUUCACUGGUACUUUGGGCGACCCUUUUGAGGUCCUUCUGCAUUUUGCUCAGUAUUUAAUCAUCAAAAAGUUUGAAAAGCUAUUACAGCCUCAUUCAGCCAAAUUUCCCUUUGAAAGCAGAAGACUUUCUGAUCUGCAAGGCAGCGUGGUCACUUGCUUUUCUUUGUGAUUUGGUUAUGUUUAUAAAUGCACUAGAGGCUUCCAACCCCCAUCAAGCCAAAUGGCACUCACAAGACCAAGCUAUGAAACGUGUCCUUUACAUUAGUUCACUCACAGGGUAAGGUCUCCCAGCUUUUUGUUGUUUUUCUUUUUAAAUAUGUUUAUAUUGUACAGGAUAAUAAUGGUUUGUAUAGAGGGACGAGGCUUUUUUAAUCACGAUGGGGAGUGAUGAUGCAUCAUUCUGCUUUUAUGAGCGACAAAUGGAGUAUUUAAAAUGAAUAUUUUUCAGGAAUCAUUAUAUGAAAAAGGGGUUGAAUAGCUAAUUUAAAGAAAAUUAUACAUCUUGUACAUAAAACAGAUUUGUACUUCCUUUUGAAAGAUUGUUUCUUGUAGAAACGUCUUUUUUUUUCUGCCCAUUUUCCUUUGGAUUCUUAUGUGUAAAUACUUUAACUGUGAAUAUAUAAAUAUAAAUAUAUAUAUUUUUGUUCCUGAGGAUUUGCUACAGCGUCACGGCUCAGAAAGGUCUAUCUGACAGUGAGUACAGAGAGCUGCUGGCAGUAUUUUCAGCUUGUGUCAAGCUUUAUUUUUUAUUUUUGGUUGUAAAUUCUAUGAAAAUCUGUUUGCAGUGUGGGGGAAAAGCAUUAUCAUUCAGAAAUGGCAAGGGACAUUGGCGAAAUCGACCUUUAGCCCCUGUCUAUUUAUUAUACCACAAAUGUAUGGAAAAAAGAUCAUGGAAAAAUAAAGGAUUUUUUUUUCA